AUGCUUGAUAUGAAAACUGGUUCCGCUUCUCCCAGGAAACUUCAUUUCAUUCCAAUCUCUGCAUUGAAAAUCUCAGGAGAUAUCAGGGCUUCGCUAUCGCAACUUGAAGCCAUUAUGGUGUUUAUCAGCGAAGUUCACAUCCAAUAUAUGGAUAAGUAUUCUCCAUUCUUCAAUUUAUCCUCUUAUUGCUAG